GGUCAAUUUUUAUACAGUCAUUAGUUGUCUGAAUAACCAUGAAUGUUACAAAUUAUCCAUCUUUAUUUAUAUUGAUCAUCUGUCUCCAACCGGUUUGUGUAUAUCAAAAAGACUGUUGUUACAAUUCUUUGUAACUGUUUAUGUCUCUCAUCUUUCAUUUCAUGUUAUUUAAUUAUUUUACUCUUUUAUUGCUGAUCAAUACUUUGUUUUGGUGACCCUUUUCUGCCAUUAUUUAAUUUCUCUUAAUAUAAAUUCACCAUCGAUCUACCGAUUCACCUUGUUUUAAAUUGUGUUCUGCUAACUGUUUGACUGACAAACAUUGUCAACAUCUCUUGACUGUAUGUGUACCAUUAGCUUGGUAUGACCUCUCUUCUUAAUAAAAUUCAGGGAGCCUUCUCUGAGGCCAUAUCACAAUCACCCAAAUUGGUCAUAGAUAAAAGGACGGUUGAGAAAACAUGGAAAUUAAUGAACAAGGUUGUUAAAUUGUGUAACAAUCCUAAAAUUAUUCUCAAAAAUUCACCUCCAUUUAUAUUGGAUAUACUUCCAGAUACAUACCAACAUCUUAGAUUAAUUUACAAUAAGUACGAGGAUCGGAUGAAUUAUUUAAAUGAAAAUGAAUAUUUCAGAGUAUAUAUCGAUAAUCUAAAUAAAAAGUGCAAAGAAACAAUUAGAUUAUUCAAGGAAGGGAAAGAUGCAAUGUUUGAUGAAACUGGUCCAUGUCGCAGGAAUUUAACUAAACAAAGUUUAGUAUUUAGUCACAUGUUGUCAGAAUUGAAAGCAAUUUUUCCUGAUGGACUUUUUGCCGGAUCAAAUUAUCGUAUAACCAAAUCCGAUGCUGCUGAAUUUUGGAAAAAUCAUUUCGGUGAUAGAACAAUUGUCCCAUGGAGAAUCUUUCGUCAAACUUUACACCAAGAACAUCCAAUUGGAUCAGGAUUAGAAGCCAUGGCUCUUAAAUCAACAAUAGACUUAACAUGUAAUGAUUACAUAUCUAAUUUUGAAUUUGACGUAUUUACCAGAUUAUUCCAACCUUGGUCUACGCUCCUUCGCAAUUGGCAGAUCUUAGCUGUCACUCAUCCUGGUUAUGUUGCUUUUUUAACCUACGAUGAAGUCAAAGCUCGCCUUCAAAAAUAUAUCAACAAACCAGGGAGCUACGUUUUUCGUCUAAGCUGUACAAGAUUAGGACAAUGGGCAAUCGGAUAUGUAACUCCAGAAGGAAAUAUAUUGCAAACCAUUCCUCAGAAUAAAUCACUUUGUCAAGCUUUAUUAGAUGGUUAUCGGGAAGGAUUUUAUCUCUAUCCUGAUGGACGAAAUGUCAAUCCUGAUUUAAGUUGGGCUGUGCAAGCAACUCCGGAAGAUCAUAUCCGAGUAACCCAGGAACAAUACGAACUCUAUUGUGAAAUGGGAUCCACUUUUCAAUUGUGCAAAAUUUGUGCAGAAAAUAACAAGGAUAUUCGAAUUGAACCUUGUGGCCAUUUAUUAUGUACACCUUGUCUAACAUCCUGGCAGGAUUCAGAAGGACAAGGUUGCCCUUUUUGUCGAGCUGAAAUUAAAGGAACUGAGCUUAUUGUGGUUGAUCCAUUUGAUCCAAAUCCUAGGUCAGCCACCAAAGAAGCCAAUCGUGAUCAGAAUCUAGUUGAUAUUGAAGAGGAUGAAAAUUUUGAGGAUCCAAAUGCAUGGAUAUCAUCAUUAGAGCCUUGUAAUCGUCUAAGUGAAAAGACCAAUAAAGUUGAACGAUCUCCAAUCAAUUCACCACAUGCAUCACCAAAAAACCGUCGCAAACCAGAGAUGGCUCCACUUUUAUUGCAAUGUCAACCGUCUAUUAACAUAUUACCUAAUCAGCAAGCCUCAUUGGCUUCUGUAACUUGUACAUCAUUAACAAUAUGCACAUCAUCUGUAUCAACAACUCAAUCAACUUCACAAACAACAACUGUGCAAUCAUCGUCCACAAUCCCACCGCCGAUCCCACCUCGACGUGUAUCUCCAACAAAUACUCCUAGUCAAUCACCAACCUCAUCUCCUUUACACCACAUUUCUGGUUACUCUAGUUCCUGUACACUGAAACCGUCAUCAACCAAUCUUUCACCACUGAUCCCAAUCAGUCCACCCAACUCUAAUAGGCAACAAGUUUCCCUCAGUGGUUUAACAUCUACUUCAAUCAACUUAACAACUUCAAAUGAAACCCUUAUCGAUUCAAUUUCACCCUUGCCCAAUGGCUCUACAAAUAUCUCUAUUCCAACUGGCAACUUGAUCACUAUUAAGAGUGAAACAUCCCUACUUAGCACUGUUUCACCUUUAACCAGAAAAGACAGCCGGCCUAAUAAGAUCCAUCCUGGUGAGAAUCACCACCGAUCUCCAUGUAGACCAACAACCAGUUUACCCUCUUCUUCACCUUCUUUAUCAUCGUCUUCUUCUGUAACCUCUUCUAUAUCUUCCCUAGUAUCACCGUCUAAUCGAGGAAUCGGAGUAAGUCCAUUAAUAUGUCCUAGUACUGGAUCUACGACGACGACAAUAAAUAUACCCUCUAUAAACAAUACAACCAGCAAUCAAAAUUCUUGUAAAACCAAUUUAAUAGGACAGCAAACUCUACUUUCAUCAACAAUUCCAUCUCUGAUGACCUCAACUUCACCUUCAUCAUCUAAACUCUUGCUAAACAUUGAUGAGUCUAAUUCUUCUAUUUCUUCCAUAAGUCCUGUUGGUCCAACAAUUGAUAGAGUCAAAUCACCUAAACCUACUCCAGUUAAUACACAACAAUCCACACUAAAUAAUUCUAAAAAUAUUUUCAAUUCUCUUGACGAUUCUCAUUCUCACAUCAUUUCCCAACACCAUCGCUCACCUAUUCACCCACAAAACGUAACCCAAUCAGCUACAACACAUUUAUCAACAGUCAAGUCAGAUAAUCAUUGUCAAGUCUCUAGUGAAAUUGAUCUCUUUGAUUUUGGUUCCCAUAAUUCUCAACCAUUGACAGCACAAUCAACAAGCUCUUCAUCAUCAUUAGCCUCAUCAAACUCUGCCUCAACUGCAAAACAUGAUGAUCUUUCUAAUUUAAAUCUUAAUAAUGAACCUGACUAUGCUAAUACGGAUCUCAGAGGACCAUCCGAAAGGACACCAAAAGAUCUACUUAGAGUGCAAUCAUUGACAUCAACAUCAUCCUCUAGUGUGUCAAACCUCCACUCAAUUACACCUUCAUCGUCAUCGUCAUCUCUAUUCAAUACAAAUUCAUUCUCACAUUCAGUUAGAAAGUCCAAAUCAACUUCUGCCAAAUAUGCCCUAGGAACCAGUUUAUCUGACAACAAAGAGAAUGAAGCUAAAGCAAGUUAUGAAAAUCUGCAAAUGGAUUACAUCGCUAUCUUAACAGGUGAAGGCUACUCUAAUCAGUCUGUGAUUCGUGCUUUGGGAAUCGCCAAAAAUAAUCUUGAAAUGGCUCGAGAAAUUUUACACGAAUUUGCAUCGAAACGUAAAUAAUUAUACAAUUAACCUUAAAUCAUUAUACUUUCAAAAAGAACAUCAUUCUAAAGUAUUUAUUAACCAAUCUGAUGCAAAAACACUACAACUUUCCAGCUUUAAAUUUUUAUUCAUUUCCAGCGAAGCGAGCUAAUUUAUUUAAUUAUAUUUUAACCAAAAAGUCAUUCCUUUUCAAAGGAUAAAAAUUAUACAAAAUAUCAGCCAAAGAAAUUGAAUUGUAAUUCAACAAAUCUAUCUUCGCACAUCUUGACACAGAAACAUAUUUGGGAAUAAGAUCGAAAUGUAAAUAUUUCUUGACAAUUGAAUGCUGGUUAUUCAUCAUGAACAAAUUCAAGCAAAUCGUUUACAUUCUGAUCUCAUUUCGAAGAGUUUUGCUAUGUCAAGAUGCGGGGAAAGAGACACAUUUUCUUUCGCUGUAUAUCGAUGAGCGAAAUAGAGACUUAAUCUUGAUUCCCUCUUCAAUCAAGGCAAUUUCACACAUUUCUCAUUUCUUGUCUGCUUCACUCUGACCUUUCUUUCAUUUUUUUAAGACAACAAAACUAACUCUAAGCAGAUGCUCAUAUCAUAAUUUAAAUUAUUAUGAUGACAAAUUAAUUAUAACAAUAAAUUUUCACCUUGUGUGUUCCUUUCAUGUAAUAAUUAAAAAUAAAUUGCACACAUAAACAUUUAUCUCUUUAAACAUCCGUAAUCGUUUCAUUUUUCCAACUUGUUGAAUUCACUGAAUUCAUAUGGUCCAUCUCACUAAUAAUCUCAAGUUGCCUUUUCAGAAUUUAUUUUAUUCUAUUACCCUGAUGUAAUUGUAAUCAGUUGAUUUUCAUAAAAAAAAACAUGAAUUCUGAUGUGAUAAAGUAUCCAGGUAAACCGUUGGGCUACAAGAACAUUAUCAGACGAUAAAUAUGGAUGAAUGGCAUUGACUAAGAAAGUGAUUACCGAUUGAGCACAAUUAGGUUCAGAGUUCAGCGUAACCAGCGGGCAUUUAGUCCAACUAUACUUCAAGCUUGGAUAAAUGGCCAAUCCAUGAUUUUGUUCUAAUCUUUUCGUCAAAAGAUGGAAAUUUCAGCUCUGGCUUGAACUCUUUUAACAUCUAAAACGUAAUGUACGUCAUAAAGAAUAAAUCUCAUCUAAUUCAUAUUUCAUUAUCUCAUCUCGAUAGGAAGUUUUGAGGCCACUAAAGAUGGAAUGGAAAAGAUUACCAUUUAAAUAAGACUGACCAGUGAUUGAAGUAAUUGAAACAAGCUUGGCUGAACUGAAACUGGAAAAGAUCAAAGGACCGGUAGAUGAAUAGAACGCACAACCAUUUAAUAACGGAUUUAACACCGGAUCACCAAUAAUAAGAGCAAAAAUAUUAAUAAAAAGACGUAUUCAAUAAAAGAUUUGAAAACAGAA